AUGUCAGGCGCCUGGGGCUCCUUCUCCACCCCCCGGGACCCCGCCAGCUACCCCGCGAAUGUGCGGUGCUUCUGGGAGAUCCACGUGGCUGAGGGAUUCCUCAUGGUCCUGAAUAUCCAGAGGCUGCAGUUGGAGGACACCUUCGGGUGCCCCGACUUCAUCGAGGUGAUCGACGGCCAGCAGAGGGCCUCGCUGUCCAAGGGCAGGUUCUGUGCCGGGGAAGUCCUCACCUUCCGCUCCUCCUCCAAUGUCCUGACCCUCGUGUUCAGGAGUGACGCGGCCAACACCAGCGCGGGGUUCCACUCACUGUACCGCGCCUUUCCGCCGGAUGAGAUCGAGGACAGCAAGAGCGAUUGGCCAGCGCCUAGGCUGGCGGGAGACUCAGGCCCAUGCUCUGGGUGAGUUGAGGUCCUCCGUCAGGGGGCCUGGGGCACCGUGUGCAACGACAUGUGGGACCUAAACGAGGCUGAGGUUGUGUGCCGACAGUUGGACUGCGGCAGAGCCAACGCUGCCCUGGGGAAGGCCCACUUUGGUCUGGGCACCGGGGCCAUGCUCCUGGACAACAUUCAGUGCUCGGAGGCCGAGCGCCACCAGGGCCAAUGCACGCACUGGGGCUGGGCAGAGCCCAACUGUGGCCACCAUGAGGAUGCAGGGGUCACCUGCUCUGAUGCACAAGACAUGCCUCCUCCCACACUUCCAUGUAUGUCAUUGCCUGUCACGCAGGUUUCCUCUGUUGUUGCAGGAGGAAGUCGCUCCUGUGGAGCCGUGCAGACCAGGCUGCCCGGCUCGUUUUCCAGCCCAGGGUACCCAGAAAACUACCCACCUGACACCCAGUGCAUCUGGGAGAUCCACGUGGAUAAAAAAUCCCGCAUCAAACUCAUGAUUCCGAGUCUCAACCUGGAAGACAUUCCGGGGUGCCCCUUCGACUCUGUGGAGGUCUUCGAUGGGCCCAGGAUCGCCUCGCUCUCCCUGGGCCGGUUCUGUGCCCCGGGAUCGGUGCUGGUCUUCUCCUCCUCCAACAUCAUGACCGUGGUCUUCCGGAGUGACUCUGUGGGCACCAACUCCGGCUUCCAAGCUCAGUUCGACGUGAUCCCGUGGGGCGAGCGAGAGCCUGGUAGGACAGCCCUGGCAGGUAUGCUUAGUGGUUGA